AUGACAGGACACCAACAAAUCGUACCCAUAAUUAUACUUGUUGAUGUCAUGUUUAUGGAUCAUUCUCGUUUCCAAAACGCAGCCCCGGCUCGCGCCCCCAGCCUGCACGCCCGCAGAGGCGCCGCCAGCAAGGGCGGAGGGGGGGCGGAGGCCACGCCCCCCCCGGAGCCGCCCCAGCCGACCUCCUGCGAUGGGGGCUCGGGCUUCUUCCCGGCGCCCUGGCAGCGGCUGAGCCCCCGAGCCCGGCCGGAAACCGCGUUAAAAACCCGGAGACGGCGUCGGGGUGCGGCGGGCGGCCUCGGACCCGGGCUCGUUUGCUUCCCAGAAAUUGUUCUUACACAGAAAACGUGGUUCGGUAGUGCAGGGACUCUCCUCCCGCGGAACAAGUGUGUGUUCCAAACCCCUGGAUUAGAUGGUGACUUUAGAAGCGCAUCCGGGCAUGACUGGAAGCGAAAACCGUUCCCAGAUCCUGGCGAUGCAGCCCAGCAGGAAGCAAAGCACAGGGAAGCAGAAAUGAGAAACAGUAUCUUAGCCCAAGUUCUGGAUCAGUCAGCCCGGGCCAGGUUAAGUAACUUAGCACUUGUAAAGCCUGAAAAAACUAAAGCAGUAGAGAAUUACCUCAUACAGAUGGCGAGAUAUGGACAACUAAGUGGGAAGGUAUCAGAACAAGGCUUAAUAGAAAUCCUUGAAAAAGUAAGCCAACAAACCGAAAAGAAAACAACAGUUAAAUUCAACAGAAGAAAAGUAAUGGACUCUGAUGAAGAGGAUGAUUAUUGAACUAAAACUGUUUAGAGACUGGAACUUAAUGGUACAAUUCUAGGACAAAUUAAGAUCUGAUUAAAUGUUUACUUUGUUUAUUGUCUAUAUGCCUUUUAAAAAAAUAAACUUGAUAUGCAAAACA